GGAGGGGCGGUGAUGGGGUACGGACGCGAUGACAGUCAAGAGAAAAAUGUCGCGGCUCGGACCGGACGGUCCCGUGGCUGGGGCUACGAAGAGGCCGGGCCGCUGACCGCCGGCGCCAUGGGGGACGAGCAGCCCGACAGCCUGGAGGGCUGGGUGCCGGUCCGCGAGGACCUGUUCGCCGAGCCCGAGCGGCACCAGCUGCGCUUUCUCGUGGCCUGGAACGACGCGGAGGGCAAGUUCGCGGUGACCUGUCACGACCGCACGGCGCAGCGGCAGCGGCGGCGCGAGGGGAACCGGCCGGGGUCUCCGCCCAGCUGGGCCGGCCUGCUCUCGGCCGCCGGGCUCCGCGGCGCUCACCGGCAGCUGGCGGCGUUGUGGCCGCCGCUGGAGCACUGCUUCCCUUCGCUGCCACAGGAGCUGGAGACGGGCGGCGGCGCCUGGCGCCUGUGGGAGCUCGUCUGGCCGGCGCGCGCGAGCCUCGGCGAGGGAGAGAUGCAGGAGCUGUGCAUGCGGCUGGAGCGCUACCUGGGCCUGGCGGCCGAGGGCUGCGGCGGCGCGGCCGUGCGUGAGGCGCUGUUUCCGGCCGACGGCGGGGCGCCCGACUGCGAGAGUCCGCGCGCCUUCCGGGAGCGCGCCCUGCGCGCGCGGCUCGCCGAGGCGGACGCGCGGCUGCGCCAGAUUCUUCAAGGGCGUGAAAGAGCCAACACCAUGGUAGCAUUAAUGGAAGUUUAUCGAGAAGAAGAUGAAGCCUACCAGGAAUUCGUUACCGUGGCAACCAUGUUCUUCCAGUAUUUACUGCAGCCAUUUAGAGAUAUGCGAGAAUAUGCAACUUCAUGUAAGCUUGAUAUUUUGAAAUCCUUGGAGGAGGAUGACCUGGGUCCUAAGAGGAUAGUGGCCCUGCAGAAGGAAGCCCAAGAGUGGACCCGACAGGCUGAAGACGCUAUAGUCUCUAUUCAAGAUAUUACGGUGAAUUAUUUUAAAGAAACAGUAAAAGCAUUAGCAGGGAUGCAGAAACAAAUGGAACAGGAUGAGAGGAGAUUUGGCCAGGCUGCCUGGGCCACAGCAGCUCCCAGGUUAGACAGACUCAAGCUGAUGUUAGCGCGAGAGACACUGCAACUCAUGAGAGCCAAAGAGUUGUGUUUAAAUCGCAAAAGAGCUGAGAUCCAGGGAAAGAUGGAAGAUCUUCCGGAACAAGAAAAAAAUAUAAAUGUUGUAGAUGAACUAGAAAUACAAUUUUAUGAAGUUCAAUUAGAACUAUAUGAUGUUAAAUUUGAGAUAUUAAAAUAUGAAGAAAUCCUACUUACCACACAGUUGGACUCUAUUAAAAGACUUAUAAAAGAUAAACAGGAUGAAGUUGUCUAUUACGACCCGUGCGAAAGUCCGGAAGAGCUUAGCGUCCUGGAUCGGACAGCGGGGCUGCAGGGUCAGAGCGCGGAGACCGAGGAGCUCAGCCGGCAGUGCCGGCAGCUGGAGCACAGGCGGGGCCGGGUCUGCGCCAGGAGGGCCUGCCUCCGGAGCAGGAAGGAUCAAUGCAAAGAAAAUCAUCGGCUCCGAUUGCAACAGGCUGAGGAGAGUGUGAGAUAUUUUCAUCAGCACCAUAGUAUUCAGAUGAAGAGAGACAAGUUAAAAGAAGAGGAGCAAAAGAAAAAAGAAUGGAUAAACCAAGAACGCCAGAAGACGCUGCAACGGUUGAGAGCAUUUAAAGAGAGAUGUCCAGGUCGGUCCGUACGAAAGAGCCCUCGCUCAGCAGAACCUGAAGCUCCGCACCCGCCAGGUGAACUCCCCCAGCAGGCCUCCUGGCCGACGUCCCAGACGGAGGCGGUAAUCCCUCCGUCCUUCAAGAAAACCAGAAGUGCUCCCUUGUCUGAAGUUAGUAACGUGCAACCCCCCAAGUUUCAAGACUGCCCUGGAAAUAUCCCUGUCCAGAUUUUUGUUCAAGGAGGCGACCAGACACACUCCAAAGCCAGUGGGGAAUUGUCACUACCGCCGCCGCCGCCGCCUCUCCCUCCUCCUCCUCCGCCUCCUCCGCCUCCACCUGCACCCCCGCUCCCCCCUGCUUCACCUUCUUCUUCUCUAUCUGCAAAUCAUCGGAAUUUGAAUUUACACAUCAGGACUUCAGUAAACGAUGAUCAGCCACUUCCUCUAGUAUGUGAAUCACCUGCUGAAAGACCCCACGAUUCCUCAGACGGUUUUAAGUGCCCAGCUUCAGGGUCUAUGGAUGAAGUGCUGGCCUCCUUACGGCAUCGCCGAGCCCCUGUCCCAAAGGCGGAAGCGCCCGCCAUGGCCCCUCCCCGCUCCUCAGUCAACGAGAACAUUCUGGCUGCCAUCAGGCAGGGUGUCACACUGAAGAAGGUUCGCCCCAACCUUGGCCUGAGCCCCAGCAGCAAGCCCACCAGCGACCUGGAGAGGAGCAUCAAGGCUGCGCUCCAGAGGAUCAAGAAAGUGUCCGCUGACUCGGAGGAAGAAGAGGAGGAUGGCCAGAGCGAGUGGGACCACUAAGCUCUUCUGCAAGGCCAAGGGCCUUGCACCGUGGGCUGGAGAGAAGCCACGGGGGCCCAAGGCCUGUUCGUGAAAAGCAUGUGAACAGGGUAGACUGGCCACACGACACCCGGACGGGCAGCAGAGCUGUGUGUGGUGCUGCAGCUGUGGUAUAACGCUGUGGCCUUUAACACCGGGAAAGUGGCCCUGGCGGAAGUGGCUCAGUGGAUUGAGUGCCGCCCGUGAACCGAAAGGUCGCCAGUUCGAUUCCCAGUCAGGACACAUUUCUGGUUUGCAGGCCAGGUCUACAGUUGGGGGUGCACCAGAGGCAACUGGUGGAUGUUUCUCUCACACAUUGAUGUUUGUCUCCCUCUUUCCCUCCCUUCCCCUCUCUAUAAAAAUAAUUAAUUUUUUAAAAACACCAAAAAUCAUGGAAGUAGAGAGGUGGGGACUUACACACACCAAACCGCGGCCGAGACCUAAGAACCCACAGUAAAUAUUGCCGGCCUAAGAGAAUGAUACUUAUUUUUCACCAUGGAUGCUCGAGAGUCAAUCCCUCAUUUUGAAAAACGUUUACGUGACCGUGGCACGUGGUGAACAGCACGAUCAGACCACCGACCACGUCCUGUGUGCACUGUCUUGGUUUCCUCUGAUUGAAAGGGUCGAAUGUGAACAUUACUUUAGCAAUAAUUGGAAUCAAUUGCUUAUAUUCAGGAAUUGUUUUAAAUGAAAUAUAUUUUAUGUAUCAAGCACCGUAUAA